UUUAGUAAUCGUUGAUAUUAUUUAUUGUAUAAAGAGUACAUUCGCAUAUAUAAUAUACAUAUAUACAUAUACAUGUAUCAUUGAGAGUAGACAAAUCUUUAAUAGUCGUGUGUACAUAUAAUGAUAAAUGAUCUUUUUUAUUUUUAUAUUUAUUGCGUAUAUUAGAAUAAUUUUCAAUAAAAUGAUGUCAGGUGUAAUUUGUCUUAUAAAGUAAGGCUAAUAUUGAAUUAUAUGUUAUUCGCGACAGUACUCUACUUUAUGCAAUACAUGGUGAGUACCGUACUAAAGGUACUCGUAUUUUAUCAAUAGUAAGAGCUUUUAUAUUCAAGGGUCCGGGUGUUUGUGUCAUUUUAUUUAAAUCUAGUUUCGUGAAUGUUUCAUAUAAUAUGUUAUAUAUUUAAUAUAAAUUAUACUUAUAUAUAAUAUAGAUUUACGUAUUUUAUACAAAACAAGCGAUAGAUGUAUCCAAUUGGAAACUACAAACCAACCAAUAUACAAUAUAUGACUUCUACAACAGUUAUCUAUACGUUAAAUUACUUUUAUUUUGUUUUAUAAAAACCAUACAUAUGUAUAUAUCAUAAAUCAAAUUGAUUACCUAUUUGUUUGGAAUUUCCCAUUUUAUAAAAGUGUUGCCAAUUAACUGAAGUUAAACCAUAAUCAAACAACAAUAUUUAAUGAAAUUUGUUGGCAACACUGUGUAUGAUAUUUCCCAUAUUUUCUUUUUUAGUUCGCUAAACUCCUUCCGUAGGGCACGAUGCACUGCCUUUGUGCGGUUGAAUCCGCCAUAUUUAUUUCUCACUGCCAUUGAGUGAUUUUAAUUGUAGUAAUAAAAAAAUAGAAUUUAGUGUAUUUGUAAGAAGUUAACAACACCAAAAUUAACACAAGUACUAUAACUCAAGUUUUUAUGCAUUGUGUGGUUAUUUAUGAUAAAUACAUUUGUGAAUAACUGAUGAAUAUGUGUAAUCGUUUGACGAAUGAUAAAACCGAAACGAAAAUAUUUUAUAAACUAACAUAAAUUCUAACACCGAUAUAUCUAAGUGAAAUAAAUCAAAUACCAUUUUGGUAUAUAAAUUUUUAAAUCAAUAUGAUAUGUGCGAAUAAUGUAAACAUAAAAGAAGAAUAUUUCAUAAAAUACGUGAAAAUUAUUUGAUGGUGUUAGUUUGUGUAUACACCAAUAUUUCAAGAAGGGAUUCACAAUCUAAUGCAUUUGUUUUCGUAUACAUCUACACGCUAACGCCUCAUCUAUGAAAUAUCUUAUUUCCCUGCAUCUAAAUAAUUAAAAGAAAACUUAUUAGAAAAUACGUCUAUUAGAGCGUUUCGGAGUUUACUUUAUCAAGACCCGAAUUUUAUACGGGCUAGUGAGGCUCAUUUACGCAUUGGGCUUAUGCUAAAAGUCUUUGGGGAGUAUAAACUAUCACUUAAACACUUGAAAUUAGCCCAAAUUGACAAUUCUCCAUGCACAUUUUCUAAGCUACAAAUAAAAUUUCACAUUGCCCAUCUAUAUGAAGUUCAUAAUAAGCAUAAAGCGGCCAAAGAGGCCUACGAUCAUCUUCUUAAUAGUAAAGAGCUGACAUUGGAAUUGAAAGCAGAUAUAUAUAGACAAUUAGGAUGGAUGUAUCAUUGCGUUGAAUCAUUAGGAGAUAAAAAACAACGAGAUAAUUAUGCAAUAAUAUGUUUACAAAAGUCAAUUGAAGCAAAUCCGAAAUCAGGACAAUCACUUUAUUUAUUAGGCAGAUGUUAUGCGGGUAUUAAUAAAGUUCACGACGCAUUCAUAGCUUAUCGAAAUUCUGUGGAAAAGAGUGAAGGAAACGCCGAUACAUGGUGUUCUAUCGGGGUAUUAUAUCAGCAACAAAGUCAACCGACAGACGCGCUGCAAGCGUAUAUAUGUGCAGUUCAACUCGACAAGAAUCAUAAGGCGGCGUGGACUAACCUAGGAAUAUUGUAUGAAAGUUGUGGGCAACCAAGGGAUGCGUAUGCAUGUUAUUUAAAUGCAACAAGAAGUAUAAAAAAUAAUACGCAACCAAAGGCUACAGUUACCGAUAAUAAAGCCGGAAAUUUAAAUCUUAAACUCCGUACGACAGGAAAUUUAACUUCACGAGAGUGUCAUGGUUUGGGUAAAGGAUUGUCUCAACGUAUAAAAUUUUUAGAAACUCAGUUAGCCCAAGCGCCUAUGCCAAGUAUAACUUCAAAAAGAAGACAACUUUGUUCUAUUGAAGAAGCGUGGAAUUUACCAAUUUCAUUGGAAAUGAGUUCGCGGCAACAACAUCAACAAGCUACGCAAGUGCAGCAACGUCAAUAUGGCAAAAGUGCUCACGGUUCGGUAAUUCAGGGCCCACCACCACCAUAUCCACACACACAUCAGAAUAUAAAUAAUGUACCAACAAAGCGUUUCAAAGAUGAGGCCCUCCAACAAACCGAGUCCGGCAAUCGCCCAGCGCAACCGGCUUUCUUCCUUUCACAGCAACAGCUACAAACUUUACAAUUUUUGCAACAAAACCAAAGCACGCUUAAUCAUCAAGAGCAGGCGUUGUUCCAACAACUCUGCAGUCAAUAUCGCCUUAUGCAACAAUAUCAACAAGCAAUGAGACAGCAGAACACGUGUCAAUUGCCACAAAAUGUACAAGCACAAUUACAAUCACCGUCGCUGCAACCGGCGACAGGACAACCCAUACACUCCACACCGUCAUCUUCGUUAACGCCCGGAAGUAUUACUGAAGCGACGGGGGCAACGUCGAGUACGAAUGCGCCUCCCGCAUACGCCGGAACGCUUGAUGAGCAAACGAAAGCAGUAGUGCCAAAGCCAUCUACGUCAACAAUUGAAUCUAGUGUGCUGACGCAGUUGUCACCGAGUAAUGAUCAGUUGGGUGUCAGCGAUCAAGAGCUGCAGGUGUUUCUCUCACAAAAAGGUUUAACCUCUACGUUUGCUGAAGAUCUUUUAAAGACAUUUAACCCUGAUAAUCUAGAUAUUAAGGAAGAAGAUAUAGACGGUACUUCUGAGGAUUUAUUCAAUGGCCUCGAAAAGAAUUUAAGCACCGUCGAUAAAAGCAAUACACGCACAUCCGUCGUCAGUGGCCAGCAACCAACAGGUGAAACUAACAGUACAGAAACUGUUGGCGCCGUAAAAGAAGAAGCUGGUGCGCAAGAAAACGCCGAUAUAAAAUCGGAAAACCUGCGUGAUGAUGAAUACGACGAUAAAUACGAUGAUGACCUUGAAGAGCCUUCGAAAUUUAGCAUACAAAUGGAUUCGAAACAACUGAUUGCAGCUGUUAAAAAUCUCUCACUCGAAGAACCACCGCCUCAUUGUUCCGUAUUACAUAUAAAUGCGCCACCGCCUUCGCCGCCAGAUUGCCCGCCACAACGUCUUACCCGCGAACAACUACUGCCGCCCACACCAUCCGUACAUUUGGAGAAUAAGAAACACGCCUUCAGUCCGCAAUUGCAAGAGUUCUGCCUAAAACAUCCGAUAGCUGUGGUGCGUGGCUUGGCUGGUGCACUUAAAUUAGACUUGGGUCUAUUCUCCACUAAAACGCUCGUCGAAGCCAAUCCCGAUCAUAGUGUUGAGGUGCGCACACAAGUGCAUCAGUCACCGGAUGAAAACUGGGACGCGUCGCAAGCAAAACGUGUGUGGGCAUGCAUAUCACACCGAUCGCACACGACUAUUGCGAAAUAUGCGCAAUAUCAGGCAUCCAGCUUUCAAGACAGUUUAAAGGAUGAACAUGAUAAAGGACCAGCUGGCGUACCAACAAUGUCUGAUUCGGAUUCUAAAGAUUCUGUGAGCAAUUCCAAUGUUAGUGGCAAGCGGAAAAAGCUUAAAAAUGGCAACAAAAUGUUGAGAUUUGGCACCAAUGUAGAUCUGUCGGAUGAACGAAAAUGGCGUUCACAGCUUGCUGAAUUGCAAAAACUGCCGGCAUUUGCGCGCGUCAUAUCGGCAGCCAAUAUGUUGUCACAUGUCGGUCAUGUCAUUUUGGGUAUGAAUACUGUGCAAUUAUACAUGAAAGUGCCGGGUAGUCGUACACCGGGUCAUCAAGAGAAUAACAAUUUCUGCUCGAUAAAUAUAAAUAUUGGUCCGGGCGAUUGUGAAUGGUUUGCCGUGCCCGAUGCCUAUUGGGGUGGCAUACAUAAUCUGUGCGAAAAAAAUAAUAUCAGCUAUUUGCACGGUUCAUGGUGGCCGGUGUUAGAAGACUUAUAUAAGGAGAAUAUACCAGUUUAUCGAUUCAUACAACGGCCGGGCGACUUGGUUUGGGUCAAUGCAGGUUGUGUUCAUUGGGUGCAGUCAGUUGGUUGGUGCAAUAAUAUAGCAUGGAAUGUGGGCCCACUGACAGCGCGACAAUAUUCCCUAGCGAUUGAACGUUAUGAAUGGAAUAAACUGCAAAACUUCAAAAGUAUUGUGCCCAUGGUGCAUCUCAGUUGGAAUCUCGCUAGAAAUAUCAAAGUUUCAGACCCAAAACUGUUUGAACUUGUCAAAAUGUGUCUGCUGCAGACACUGAAAAAUGUUGUGCACACCUUGGAGUAUGUAAAAUCGAAAGGCGUGGAAGUGCGCUUUCAUGGGCGUGGAAAAAAUGAAGCCUCACAUUAUUGUGGACAAUGCGAGGUUGAAGUUUUUAACAUUUUAUUUAUACGAGAACAAGAGAAGCGUCACGUUGUGCACUGUAUGGCCUGUGCACGUAAGCUAUCACCAAAUUUGCAAGGCAUCGUUUGUUUGGAGGAAUAUCGUUUAAGCGAACUUUUACAAAUUUACGAUGCUUUCGCGUUGUAUAAAGUACCACAGACACUGCCACAAAGUCCGAAUUCGUCGAAUAUUUAAUAUUAUAAUAAUUAUAUUAACGUGUAUGAUGAGAAUGACGAUCAAGAUGAUGUCGAUGAUGUUUCAUGCUGAUAAUGGUAUAAUGAUAAAGACAUUCAUUAGUUGAUUUGCAUAUAUAUAUUUUUUUUUCUGUAGAUUGUCGGAUAUAUAGGUCUAUUGCUAAUAUUAAAUAAUUAUACAAUUUUUAUAAUAGACAACAACAAAAAUGCACUGGUAUUAUACUUACGUAGGCAUAUUUUUAUAAUAUUAUACAAAAUACAAUUUCAUUUUUAGCAAGUUUACGAGUAAUUUUACGCUCUUCAUAUAGACGAUUAGCCCUAUAUACAUACAUAAAUCAUCAUUAUUGUUCUACGUAAUUUUAUUUCUUAGACACUUAAGGCAUUUCUCAUCUAUGCGAUACAUAUGUAUAUAAAUAAGUAUAUAAUUAUACAUGGUACAUGUGCGAGAAUUAUAUACAAAAAAUACAUUUAAAUAAUAGUAAUUAUUACACAUAGCUAUUUAAUUUGUUCUUAUAAAACAUUACAAAACAUGCAUAUGUAUAUAUUUGCAUUUGAAAAGCACAUACAAACAAAAUAUGUAUGCGUAAUGUGGAUCGUAUUUUUUGCGUUGCAUAAUUAAUUCUAAUUGUGGAUUUUAUUUUUUACUUUACAUAAUUCAUUCAAAUUGUGUAUAGCGAACGAAAAUGGUUGGAUUUAGUUUUGUCACACGAAAAAUAGAGAAAAGUAUGAGUUAACUUAUUUAAAUCGAAUACAAAUAAUACAAGCGUUUUUGUUUUUUCUUUUACUUAAAUGUGAAUUAUUUAACAAUGCAAUUUGAAAAAAAAAAAAAAAAUUAUAUUUACAAACCACAAAUGCGUAAUUUUGUUGCUACAAAACAAUUAGGUUGUUUCAUUAGUGUAAAAGCGAGUUUUAGUUAAAUUGAUAAUAAAAAACGUAAUCAUGUUUGCUAAGUUUAUACAUACAAACACACUAUAAAUAUAUAAAUAUAAGAAAAAGUAAAAAUUAUUACUUAAAAUCAUACAGCUUUUAUAAAUUAUGACAUAUUGUCUUUAACAAACAAGCAACAAUACAAACAUACAUAUACACCAAAAACGUAUGCACGCAUAUAAAUAAAGCGCUACGAAGCAUUUGAAUAUGACGAUUUUUUGCAUAUAUUCAAAAGUUAAGAAGCAUAGCGCAAGCUCAACAUGAAAUCGAAAAUAACAGCGCUACAGCACAAGCAUACAAACAAACGUAUAAUAUAUAGAACCUGUAUAUGUAAUUAAUGAUCUCAAUAAAAACAAAAAAGUAAUGAGGACGAAAAAUAGCAAAAUAAAAAAUGUAAUUUCAAAAAAUUAAAAUAAAAACCACAAAAAACAUAAACGUGUGCUGUAUAACGUGUAAUAAAAUUAAAAACAAAAGAAAACAACAAAUCUUCAGGCCAGAUAUUAUUUCUAGUUUAAAGUAAAAAGAGAAAAAUUAAAGAAAAACCUGCGAAACAAACGAAUAUAUUUUUAUAAUUACAUGGAAAAAUAUAAAAAUAUAUUUUAGAAGUACGUACAUGUAUAUAUAUAUACAUAUAUAUAAUACAUACACACAUAAGUGUUCAAUAUUUGAAAAUGAGAUGGAGCAACCAAUAAACAAGCCGACCAUGUCUGGCUGAAAGGCAGUUUUGUUGAAGCAAAUAUAACAAAUUUAUUUUAACUGGCGGUCCGUUUCACAACGUGUUUUGUUAGUAAUACAUAUAAGUAUAUUUCACCACUAAAACAAAACAAACAAAAAGUUGAAAAAAUUGUCCAAAAUGUUUCAUCUGGGUAAUAUGUCAAGUAUGCGCUAAAUAUUGCAUAUGCGCCAAAAAGUAUGUUUCUUUUUCGUAUUGUAUACAUAUUAUUUAUAGUAUUGGUGUGUGUGUAAGACGGGUGCUAAAAAUAAGAAAAACAAAAAAUUGUGUGCGAAAUUCUGUAAGAUAAGUUAACAACAAUUUUAGUUAAAUUCGAAACGGGCUUAGCCAAUGCAUUAAGUAGCCGGCUGAAUUAAGUCCGGCACUCUUUAUGCCUGCGUCUAAUGUAAAUAUAUUUAUUAAUAGUCGAUUUCUUGGUAUCCAAAUGUAUUGUAUUUAAUGAUAAUCGUGUCUGUAUUACGCCAUCCGAUUUGUGAAUGAUGGCGUCGGCUCACGUUUUCAUUUAACUUAAUAUUCUUUACAUAAAAAAAGAAAAAAUUAAAUAAAAAAAAACAUUUCAUGCGUA